AGCUCACCGGCCACCAGACUGCCAGGCGCCCUCGGCCACGUCGACUGGCGCGCGAGCCACACGCCAACGCACGUGACGGGACGCGACGAUGAUCCUGACUCGGUUCGCCUCCCCUUCCCUCUGCCGUCCUCGCUCCCGGCCGUUCGUGCUCGUGCCCAAAGCAUCUGCUGGUGGCUUCUCCUCCUCCCCCUCGUCUCGGCCGGUCGUGUCCGUGUCUCCGUCCGCGCAUAUGUAGCGCGCCCGCCACCGACCCCCACUGUCCGCGGGGCGAUCACCGACCGACCCCAUCCACCUUCUUCCCUCGCUCGCAUGGCGAUGCUGCUCCGCAAGGUGUGGGGCUCCGUGCUCGCGCGCGCCGCGGCGCCGGGGGCCGACCCGCCGCCGGGGUCACCGAGGGCCCGCCGCGCGCAGGCGCAGCGCGUGGAGCAGUACCAGUACCACGGCUCGCUGUCGCUGGGCGCGCUCGACGCCGUCCCCACCGACGUGCUCGCCCAGAUCCUGCGCCUGCUGGGCCCGCUCGACGCCGCGCGCUCCAGCGCCGUCUGCCGCGCCUGGCGCGUCCUCGCCUCCGACAACGGCCUCUGGGCCUUCUUCCUCCGCCUCGGCCCCGAGCCCUGGGACCUCGUCGUCUUCGCCGAGACGCACCUCGCCGCCGGCCCCGCCUCGCACCCGUGGCUCUACUACGAUAGCUCGCCGCAGCUCUCGUUUAAGCAGAUUUACGGCCUCCGAGCGGUGGUCCCGGGUACUCUCAUAGUGGAUGGUGGAUCUGGGUAUUGCAAGUAUGGCUGGAGCAAGUACGCUGCUCCUUCUGGGCGUUGCGCUACAUUCUUGGAAUUCGGUAACAUUGAAGCACCUAUGUAUGCAAGGCUUCGUCACUUCUUCUCUACUAUCUAUACGAGGAUGCAAAUAAAGCAUUCGACUCAACCGGUUAUUGUUGUCCUUCCACUAUGUCACUCUGAUGGUUUGAAUACCGAGUCUGCUAGGGCCUCAAGAAAGCAAUACAAGGAGACGUUGUACUCUGUCUUGUUUGACAUGAAUGUUCCUGCUGUUUGUGCUGUCGAUCAAGCAGUUCUAUCUUUGUAUGCUUCUAAACGGAUCUCUGGUAUUGUUGUGCACAUUGGAUUCAAUACAACUUCUGUUGUUCCCAUCUUUCAAGGUAGGGUAAUGUAUGAGAUAGGUGUUGAAACUGUGGGGCAAGGUGCCCUUAAACUCACUGGAUUUCUCAAGGAGUUAAUGCAGCGGAGAAAUAUAUCCUGUGAGUCGCUGUACACAGUUCGAACCAUCAAGGAGAAUGAAGCUUAUCUCUGGCUUCUGACUCUGCCUCUCUUUCUCUCUCAUGUGAAGAAACUUUGCUACGUGGCUGCUGAUUAUGAAGCUGAAUUACGGAAAGAUACACAAGCAUCCUACGCGGUUGAUGGUGAAGGGUGGUUCACUCUGUCAGAAGAGAGAUUCAAGACUCCAGAAAUUCUAUUUCAGCCCCAUAUGGGAGGAAUGCGUGCUAUGGGCUUGCAUAAAGCAGUAGCUCUAUGUAUGGAUCACUGCUAUACUUCAGGAACAGUUGGUGAUGACAGCUGGUACAAGACGAUCGUUUUAGCUGGUGGAUCGUCAUGCUUGCCUGGUUUACCAGAGAGGCUGGAGAAAGAGCUUCACCAACUUCUUCCACCCUAUAUGUCAGAAGGAAUAAGAGUACUCCCCCCUUCAUUUGGCACUGAUUCUGCCUGGUUUGGUGCAAAGAUGAUUAGCAAUGUGAGUACUUUCACUGAGGCAUGGUGUGUAAAGAAGAAACAAUUCCGCCAGAAGACACGGCGAAAUGGUCCAUUGUUUAUGAAUUCCUGGUAAUAAAAAUCUGGCACAAGUCAAGAGUAAAAGAAACAUAAAACAUGGAGUUCGUCCACGCGUCGUUGUAUGGUACACGACAUCCGGUCCAUGCUCCAUGGAGCCUCCACCAGUAUAUAAAAGAAUGAGCAUUCAUGCCCACAUCAUGUAUAUAUGGAUUAUGAGCAAAUGCAUCAUUCGGUAUUGUUGUUAUAAGAUGUUUUGGUAAGUUCAUUGUGGUUAUAGGAUGUCAGUAAAAGCACAGGAAUUGUCUUCAGCAGAACGAUUUGAGUCUCUGACCUCUCUGUUUAUAGUUCUCAUGAAGUUUGGUACAGUUCUAGAUGUUGUAAAACAUUUUGCAAAUGAGAUGGUAUUUUUUAUUUUUAUUUC